AUAGACCUCGUGGGAUCCUGCCACCAAGAAUAUCAGAGGGCAGGGUCGAAAUAAGCCUGCCGACAAGAAAUACGGUAGGCAAUCCGGUAAUGGACUGGGUGGGGGUAGAGUUGGUGGAAGAUACGGUGUACCUAGCAGUGAAGCUGGAAUGGCGGGCGAGAGGGGAGUUCGGGGGCGUAGACUUGAACCACCCAGGGCGUGUACAUGCGACGGGAUCUUUACACCUGUCGGAAGAGGGAUGGCGGACCUUUGGGAUUGCUUUGGCUUCCGGGGAUGACCCCGUACGAAUGUUCGAAGGGGCAUGGCAAAUAACCUGGCGGGAGGGGUUUGAGUUUGCAGACCCGGAACGAGAUGACGUAAUGGCGGAGGUAAAAGUCGCCGCGGCGGGGGUUUUCGAGCUGCCAAAUGAGGUCAUACGGAUGAAACUAGGCAAAAUGGCAACGGAGGAGGAGACAGAUAACCGUAAGAGUGAAGGAGAACCAGACUUAGAAGGCAGUGCCGCGCAAAGCGAAGGGGGGCAGAAGGACAGAGAAUCGAUAAAUCCGGAUGGUACCAAAGAGAACUGGAAGGAAAUCUCCAUAGGAGAAAGCUCGGGGAAAGCCGGGGGAAGCAGGCAAGGGACCCAGGGGACCAAGGAAGGCAGAAAUAAGGAUAGGACAAGCCCCCGAAACUCGGAAGGAGCCAUGCCUAAGAAAGUAAGGGUCACGGACACGAGGCGCAAACUAGCUGAGAUAGACAAGAGGACCGCGGAAUACAAGGCAAGACUGAUUGAGGAAAUGAUGACUGGGAACGAAGGAGGUCCUCUGCAGGAGGAACCCCGGGACGAACGGAAAGUCAGCCAAGGUGGGACUGGACGAGGGGAUAAAGGUAGUGACCGUGGGGGAACGUCGAGCAAGAGAAGGAAAGAGAGAGAGAACUCUCCGGGGAUGAGAGCAGAAAAGGCUACGACUCCGCCAACCAUGGACAGUAAGGCUAGUUGCCUGCCGAUCACGCCAGCAGUAGCGCGAGGAUGCGAAGGACUUUGGAGCCUUAGGGAAAGAGUGUUGGGAUGGUUUGACCCGGAAGGAACUAUGAAAACCAGGGAGGGACAGAAGGCCGGCAAGGAAAGUCCGGAUAACAGUGUGGCAGGCGAGGCCAGCAGCUCCGAGGGCGGCCUUAAGAAGAUAGUGUCGUCCCUCGCGCGAGCACUAAACAAAAAUCAAGGCUAUCUGGCAGACGCCAAGAAAAAGCUGACUUUCGAUGGAGCAAACAUCACGGAGUUCCUGAUCGACUACGAGAACCUAGCUGCAUUACUAAAGUGGACCGAGGAGGAAAAAAUGGACCAUCUAGGACAACAUGUGUCGUUAAGCCUAGGACGGGACAUAAUGGCCAUUGUAGCCGCAAGCCGGUCUUGGAAGGAGACCGGGGAUGUGAUGAUGAGGAAGUACCUAGCGGCAGAGAAAAUGGCAACGGAGGCCGACCUAGCGGCAGUUCAGAGGAAGAACUUCGCAACGUACAAUGAUUUCCUACGGGAAUUUACUCUGGUAGCGCUAAGGAUCCCCGGGGUCACGGACCGGAUAAUGGGCAAAUAUUUCCUCAGGCAGUUCUCUGAGUUCGACAAAGACAAGAUCCUGUCAGCUUACCAACAGACGAGCAAGUUCGUAAACACGCGGGAUGUUGAUUUUAACACAGUAACGGAUCUGGUUGAGAAAACGGUAGUAACGGAGACGUUGGCCUUGCUUAAGGAAGGAGAGAUCAUAGAUCUGACCGGUAGGACGAGCGACAAGGCUAGCCCUAGGUUGCUCAAAGGGCUCAGACAACUGUUGACUCGGAGGCGAGUAGAAAUAGGCGACAACCCCGAAUUACCAGAAGGGGAGAGGGAGGAAGAAGCUCCGCAAGAAGUGGCUAACCUUCAGAGGAGUCACGGGGACUUGGAGGAUCUCGAAAAGGCCUUUGCAGACAUUCGUUUGAGCUUGCCUGACCGAGAGGGCGGCGAAGUCAUGAGAUCGCCACCCGGGACGAAGCUUAGCUUUCAUGCGUUGGCUGUAGGGAAACUGAAAAUCCAGAUCGGGAGUCAUCACACCGAUGCAUUAGUAGACGGGGAAGCAGAUAUCACUCUCAUAAGAAGAGAUUUCGCAACGAUCACGGGAUGUAUGGUAAACAAGGAAGUAACAGGGAGCAUCCGGGGAGCUGGCGGGGAAAUCCCAUUCGCUGGGUACGUCACGAAGUGUGCUGUAAAGGCAGGGGUCAGAAAAUCGAUCUGGUCGUUUCAGCGGAUGACCGUAAUGGAGGAGAUGGACCACGACAUAAUCCUCGGGAGACCAUGGUGCGCGAACGUGGAGAUGAUAGGCAUGCACUUGCACGAUGGCUCAUACAUGGUAGACAUAGAGGACCCUGUGACCGGUCGGGGAGAGCUCCUCCGACUCCUUGGAACGGGAGGAGACCCCCCGAGGGGGAAAUUAGCAACAUGGUCGCCGUCGUUCGAGGAUAGCAUGCGAAAAGGGGCUUUCGCACGGAUGGAGGGUAUGAGAGAAAGAGUAGAAAUCAUUAUUGAGGAAACAUUCAACAAGAAGGAGUGGAUCAAGAUGGGCCUGGCCCAGAAGAAGAGGAGGCAGGAGGACAAAGUCCUAGGUGUUAUGGUAGCGGAAAAUGAGUCAGAGGUCGAACUUGGUGCUAGCCUGCCCAAACGGAAAGAAGUACGCAUAGACGUGCCGAAAAUCGCACUCGAGAUCCCCGAUCUAUUGCAACUCAUCAAGACCCUCAGAUACCAGAAGGUAGGAGUGGAUUCGGCAGCCUUGGCCAAGUUCGAAAGAGAGGUGCAAAAGGGAUAUUGCCUGAAUGGGAAACUAGAAGCCGGAUCCGGCAAAGACCGACAAGAUAUCACAGUGGCCGACACCACUGCGCACGACGACGGAGAACGGCGGUACUCACAAUUCAAGAAGGAAGUCCUAGCCAUCCUGCAUUGCCUUAAGACCUUCCAGGCCUACCUAUUUGGGAGGCGGUUCAUCUUAAGGAUCGAUCCGACGAAUGUCGCAGGGGCUCUAAAGAAUUACAGACCUAUAGAUCCGACGGUGGGGAGAUGGGUAGGAUUUAUCUGGCAGUUCGAUUACAAGAUCGAACGGAUUGCUGGAAUCCGCAACAAGGCAGAUGGGCUAAGUCGGGUUUGCAUCGCUCCCGAAGGCAUGGAGGAUGCAGAGCCCAUAGACGCAUUCCCUGAAUACGAAGGAGGGACUCUCGCGGUGGAUAACGAAAUGAUGAGCGGGGAAUGCACAUCGGGAGAACUAUUGAUCCAGACUUUGGAGAAGGGGGCACCUGCGGUAGUAGCAAAACUUAGAGAAGGACCAGUUACCACYCGAGRACGCAGAGAAGAAAARGACUCAUGGGGAGCGAUAGUAGGACCGAAAGAGGAACUAAUGACAAUGGCAGUCGAGGGAGGCCGGGAGGCAGUGAUGAGCUUGGUGGAAUCUUGGGAAAGGAAAGAGUUGCAAUGGGUGGUAAACAAGAUGCAGGAAGGAAAGGAUGGGGGUCAGGACGGGGAUGAGUUUCUCUAUGUCCAAUCAUACGAAGGGCUCUUUCGGGAGAUCGGGUUGUUGUUGGUAGAAAACAAACAACUUACGGAAGUCAGUAUUAAAACAAGGGAAGAAGCCGAAAGGUAUAUCCUGGAUGCGCGAGACAACCUGAGCGGGUUCGUGGAGGCAGUCGCCCUCAAGAAAAAGACAGGGAGGAGUGUGGCGGACUGGAUAAAAGACUUCUACUUGAGGCAUCCGUUCGUCAGGAGGCUUAUAGCAGACAAUGAGACGGAAUUUGUGAACCAAGAAGUAUUGGGGAUGCUUAAGAGACUCUGCGUACCGAUCAAACUCAUCGAGCCGUAUCACCCUGAGGCCAAUGCACCUGUGGAAAGGGGGCACCGAACCUUGAAGAACACGAUUACAAAGCUUGCAGCAGACCAUUUGGGGAACUGGUCUAGGUAUCUUAAGCAGGCUGUCUUUGCAGAGAAUAUGACUCCUAAAAGGACAACAGGAUGUAUCCCGGCAGAGCUUUGGUACGGAAGAGAGAUCGACUUUCCUGUGGAAGCCUUGGUACCUACCUGGAAUAGGUGAGAUGAUGAUCCGCAAAUGACCACUGAAGAGUUAAUCGAGGCAAGAUGUCAACAAAUCCUUAAGAAUGAG